GCGUAAAUUUCUAUAUUUAAUUACCGAGAGAAGGCCACAAGUAAACAAAACGACGCAAAAAAAACAAAAAAUAAUUUAAAUUAAAUGCGAAAAAUACUUAAUAAUAAAUUUUUCUAAAGGAAUACGUAUAAAAGAGCAAAGGCAAUAGGGCAAACUAAGCAGCGACAAUAAGUUAAUAAAGCGAACCGUUAAUGAGACAGUGUUUGAAAAAAAAACAUAGAAGAACAGCAAGCAAAUAAGCGCGUAUUGAGAAAAUCAACAAGCUGCUGCUGCUACUUGCAAGCCAUAUAUAGAUACACAUACAUAUAAACAUUCACACUCAAACACUGCUCCCUGACUGUAAUCAAAGCCCAAGUUGAGAUGCAAAUUCGUUGCGCACAGCCAACAACGACGCAUGCCCCAAGCCACUACUGGCUGGUGUUGUUGUAUUUUAAAUGCUUGUGAGGCUGCGGCUGGCGGUCGCCACAGUUCAAGCCACCACUGUCUAGCCAAGUUUGCCACAAGCACAGAUUUUAUUUCGCAUUUUCAACAAAGCGCAAACACACAGCAGGUUAAACAAAUUAGAAAAGCAACUGAGAAGCGCAGAAGGCACACAACGAGGCAACACUUUAUGCGGAAGAAAAGUUCAUAAGGUUCGUUGUGGACGUAUACGUCUGCGUCUGCUCCCGCAAAGUUCGCCACGACUAAAGAAUCCGCAUGCGCCGCUGGUAUUCCAGUGAUUUGUGUACAUGGAAAAGUGCUAAAGCAGUGUUUAAGUGCUGAUACAUGAAAAAACUAUGAGCAAUUGCAUGCAACAUAAAACGUUACAAUGGCCGCCGCAUCGCUGAUUACAGCGGAUAUAAAUCCGCCACAAAGAACAGAAUAUAAUAAAAAAUGCAAAAAUCAACAACAAAUAUUAUUAAAUUAUACAUGUAAGAGACAAAACAAUUGGCUAUGGCGGAAUUGUCGGGGGAGCAACCAGCCAGAGUUUGGCACAGCAAUGUAUUGGCUGUUGGUGACGACAUUGCUCACACUCUGUGCAUCCUACAGUCGUGCCGAUUACUAUAGUAAUAGCGGCAUCUGGCAGCCACCACAGCCAAUGAUACCACCACUUCAACCCAUCCCACCGCCUUUGGGUACCUUACAGAAUGUCACUUGUAUAGCGCAUGACACGAAAUUCACUUGUGAUUGCCAGUAUGUGAAUCAGCGCCUACAACUGCCUCACCUGAUCGGCUACGUGUUCCAAGUAGAAAUAAGCAAUUGCAGAUCCUUAACCAUCGAGGCCAAUGCACUCGAAGAUACGCAAGGUUUGCGUAAAAUCAAUUUCAAGAAUGUGGAAAAUUUGAUAUUACACAAGUAUGCGUUGGCAUUUCCACGCUACGCCAGCAAUACGCCGCUCAUUAUCGAAUUCGAACGGGUGAAUUUCGAGUUGAUCGAUUCGCAUGCGAUCAAUGGUAAUAUUGAAGAGAUCUCAUUUAUCGGUGGACGCAUCGAUGUUAUACAUCCAUUCGGUUUUACGACGAUCAAAGAUCGUGCCAUGUUAUUGAAAAUGGAUAAUGUGCUGGUUAAGCGUAUUGAACCACAGGCCUUCAAGAAGUUCGCCGUUGAACAAUUGGAAAUCCGUAAUUGUGUGUUCAACACAAAUGUGCCAUCGAAAGCAUUUUAUGAACUUGAAGUGCUCAAUACACUACGUAUACACAACAACAAUUUUCAAGAAGUGCAUUCGCAUGCAUUCUCCUUUAAAAUUAUCAACAAACUCAUGAUCACAGAGAACUAUUUCGCGGCCGUCGAUGCUGAGUGGAUUGAAGCCUACGUGCGUGAAAGCGUGAUAAUACGCGAUAAUUAUUUUGGUCUCACUAGUCCGAUAGCCUUCAAAGGCAUACACAUACACCGCGAUUACAUGCACAGCGAACUGCUCGAGCUGCAAUUCAACAACAACACCAUACAACUACCGUUGGAAACGCGUCCGCUGGAAUUCAACGAACGCUUUGCGCUCAACAUCAAACAACUACGCUACGAGAACACCUAUGGCUGCAGCGACUUGGACACCGCACAGAAACCACCGAUACCCAAACAGGCAUUCUUUCGCAACAAUGUCGACAACAUUUAUGUGCUGGCCAAGCCAGUCAAAGUGGGCGCAACACCAAUGAACGGACGAAUGAUCGCAGCUAGUCGUAGCAACAACGAAUUUAUCUUGUUGAACAAAUACAUCGAAGCGAAUUGUCAGCCGCGUUCCUAUUUGAUAUACAUACUUUUAGGCGUGCUAGCGCUGGUGCUGCUGCUGCUAGUGAUUGGCAUCGUGGUGUGGCUGCAAGUGGCUAAGCGGCGAAAGAAACGCAAAUUGGACGUUGUAUUGCCCGAGCCACGCACAUACAAGGAAACGCAAAUCGUCUAUCAGAUCGAAAAUGCGGGACUCCUAAAGACUGAUCUGUGAGUGAGUGUGCUAGCCAGUAGCGGAGGCUGAGGCUGAGGCUGAGACUGACUAAGCAGUGGAGUGUUAUUUUAGAGAAGCUAUGCAAAUUCUUUGCCACGCCAAAAACAAAUUCUAAUAUAUACAGUUAUGAUAUAGAGUACAGUAAUAUAUAUAUAUAAAUGUGUAUACGAAUAUGUGGAGGAAAAGUAAGGGGAGUAUAUUGUUAGGAAUUACAAGAAAUCCAAAUACGCUGUUUUACCAAAUUGUACGCUUAAGUUUUGUAGUUGUAAAUUAUUGAGGUUAUGUAUGUAUAUAUAGAUAGGUGUAUAAAUAAGAUAAAUAAAUAUAUAAGUUAUGUAAUGCAUAUCCAAAUUUGAGGUUAAAACCGAAUCGAAAUGUCUCCACUACCAAAUUGUGCUUUUGGCAUACACUUUUAUAGUCUCUCGAAGGCUAUUAUUCUUUUUUUUUUAAUAAUUU